AAUGCAAUAGAGACGAAGAAGGAGGAAGUGUUUUGGUGUUUCUGUUUUCCUAACUAGUUCAUUUGCGACGCUUCUCUGUCCUUUUGGCCUUACACAUACCCGGAUCACAAUGAAUCUGGAACGAGUGCCCAAUGAGGAGAAACUAAUCCUUUGCCGAAAAUAUUAUUUGGGUGGCUAUGCAUUUCUGCCAUUCCUAUGGCUGGUCAAUGUAGUUUGGUUUUUUAAGGAGGCCUUUGUGAAGCCAGUUUACACUGAACAGCUGCAGAUCAAAACAUAUGUGAAGCGGUCAGCACUGGGUUUGUUGUUAUGGGUAACAGUACUGACCACAUGGAUUACCAUUUUCCAGCGUUACAGAGCAGAGUGGGGGGAGAUGGGAGAUUACCUCUCCUUCACAAUUCCACUAGGCAUUCCUUAAAAACAUUUUUCUACGUCGUGUCUUUUAAAAAUAACUAGUGAUCCAGUAAAAAAGGACCAAAGAGUUGUUCUUCUUUAACUACAGUGAACUAUUCUGGUGAAUUGUCUGGUCUAUGGAGAUACAUUUAAUGGCUGAUUCUCAUUGACAUAAUCUCCUAUGUAUUUAAAAUGUAAAUUCUCAAAGAUUCAUGUUUCUUUUUUUGUGCAUUUCAGAAAUUUCUUUGACUUUUUUUCUGAAGCUAAAUGACUUAGUUUAGUAGACUAUGUUUACAGUAUUGAAAUGAUCUAAUAAUGAAGCUGGAUGUGCAUUCAGGUUUUUUCAGGAUAUUAAACAUUAGAUCCAACAACUUUUUCUUGCUUUGCUUUUAGUGGAGUGUAAUGUUUGUGACAAUUGUGCACCCCAAACUAUUUGUACUCGUGUAUUAAUGAUGAAUAAAAACAAACACACAUUCAUAA